AUGAGACUAGUAACGGACGUAACUACCCCGCAAUAUAUCACGUCGUUUAAUGAUAUGCAAGAUGAAAAUAAUGCGUUGGAUGAUACGACAUUGUCGACUAUACAGUCAAAUAGCCCCAUCUGCAAAAAGCGUGGGGUCCAGGCGGUCCCAAAUGUCACUAAAACGAGGAUAAUGACUAAAAAACCCAAACGAAAGUCCCGCAAAUCAACAAUUAACGUUCGAAAGGAAGAAACAGCUCGAUUGGUCAAGGAAUUAGCCGAUUUGCAUGCAAAAAUGGACGAGUUAAAAGCACAAGCAUUUACAACUUAUAUUGGCGUGGAGGCCUUUACACCAAGUGAACUACAAACGGCUAAUAACGUGCUGAGAAGAGCUAUUCAAGUACAGCAAUUGGAGUAUACUAAAAUCCACGCAUUAAUGUCGGAAUACUCUUUAUUUAAUCUUCGAGUUGGCAGUCCUAUUCAUCAUGCAAUUCAUCUAGAAAAAGACACACAUGCACGACGAGCAACGUUAUUGGCAUUAAAAAGCAAAGUAUUGGAAGAUGGUGCUAAAUUUCUAAAUAAUCGACGACCACGUGUGGAUCCAUUGAAACCAAUGCGAGAAGAUCAUGGGUAUGAAGCUUCAAAUGGUGAUUUUUAUGCAACGUACAUCUCUACCAUGCAGUUUGAAAAUACAGUGAAAGAGGUGUAUGAUAUUUUACUUGGAUAUUUUAGCAGCAUUGAAAUCAGUGUGUCAGAAAAGCUUGGGAAUAUUACGAUCCGUGAAGAUGACGAUAAUAUGGCGCCGGGGAUUACACAGAAUCGAUUAGUGUCUACUACAAUUGGUGGAUUGCGUAUGGAAUCGAAUACGGUCUAUUUCUCACGAUAUGAACCAGGUGAUGAAGAUGCAGGUCAUCAGAAUGGACACGGUAUUUUUGUUGCUGACUAUGUUGAUAACGAUGAUCUGAAUCCGUACCAUUCACAUGAACGCAUUCGUCGCGAUUUUACCGCUGUGCUGGAACUCUUGUCAUUUCCAAUCAAAUAUGGCGUACGCACAAGGUCCAAAAACACAAGUGAGGGGCGAGUUGUUGUGCUUACUCGGUGGGUGCACAGCAAAGUGUAUCACCCUGAAUACGAAAUUCCGCAGUCUGGCUGGCACGAAAUGCGCGAUAACACUGAGCGAUGGAUCCAAACGCUGCAUCACACCAUGAUGGAAAGACUGUCUCCCGUUGUCUGCUGUCGAAAAUAA